CGCAGAGGCGCAAAAGUAGCCGCCCGCGCCCGCCCCGAGCCCGGAGCCCAGACCGGCGGCGGCAGCGGGAGCCGGGAGCGCUCAGGACGCCCGCGCCCUUCCCGCCCUCGGGGUCCGGGGAGCCGCCCGCCCCGCGCGCCCAGCCCGGCGGGAGCAGGUCGCCGAGAACCGUCCGGGAGAGACAGGCAGAGACGCGGCGCGCGCUCCUGCUCCGUCCUGAGAAGCGUCCGCUCCCGGUUUCCAGCCUCAGAAGCUCCGCGGCGGCGGGAAGGAGGCAGCGGAGGGGCAGGUGCCGGAGGCGCCCCGGGCUCCGCGACUGCGUGUCGGCCAUGGCCUCGGUCCUGGGGGGCGGCAGAGGCUCCGGAGGGCUGAACAGUCAACUCAAAUGCAAGUCCAAGAGGAGGAGGCGGCGGCGCUCCAAGCGCAGAGAUAAAGUAAGCAUACUGUCAACCUUCCUCGCUCCCUUCAAGCACCUGAGUCCUGGCACCACAAACACAGAGGAUGAAGACACCCUAAGUACCAGCAGCGCCGAGGUGAAGGAGAACCGCAACGUGGGCAACCUGGCCGCGCGGCCGCUGCCCCCCGGGGACCGGGCCGGGGCAGGCGCACCUGGCGCGAAGAGGAAGCGGCCACUGGAGGAGGGGAACGGGGGCCGCGUGUGCAAACUGCAGCUGGUCUGGAAGAAGCUGUCGUGGUCGGUGGCGCCCAAGAACGCGCUGGUGCAGCUGCACGAGCUGAGGCCGGGCCUGCAGUACCGGACAGUGUCGCAGACGGGCCCGGUGCACGCCCCGGUCUUCUCAGUGGCCGUGGAGGUCAACGGGCUCACGUUCGAGGGCACGGGGCCCACCAAGAAGAAGGCCAAGAUGCGCGCGGCCGAGCUGGCGCUCAGGUCCUUCGUGCAGUUCCCCAACGCCUGCCAGGCACACCUGGCCAUGGGCUGCGGCCCCGGCCCCGGCACGGACUUCACCUCCGACCAGGCCGACUUCCCCGACACGCUCUUCCACGAGUUCGAGCCCCCGGCGCCGCGCCCCGGCCUCACGGGAGGCCGCCCUGGGGACGCCGCGCUGCUCUCCGCGGCCUACGGGCGGCGGCGGCUGCUGUGCCGCGCGCUAGACCUGGUGGGCCCGGCCCCGGCGGCCCCGGGAGAGCGCAACCCCGUGGUGCUGCUGAACCGCCUGCGCGCCGGGCUGCGCUACGUGUGUCUGGCGGAACCGGCCGAGCGGCCGCGCGCGCGGAGCUUCGUGAUGGCGGUGAGCGUGGACGGCAGGACUUUCGAGGGCUCGGGGCGCAGCAAGAAGCUGGCCCGGGGUCAGGCCGCGCAGGCCGCGCUGCAGGCGCUCUUCGACAUACGGCUGCCGGGACACGCGCCCGGCAGGGCCAGGAGGACGCCGCUGCCACAGGAAUUCGCAGACUCCAUAUCCCAGCUGGUCACAGAGAAGUUCCGAGAGGUGACGAUGGACCUCACACCCGUGCAUGCCCGCCACAAAGCACUGGCAGGAAUCGUCAUGACCAAAGGCCUGGACGCUCGGCAGGCGCAGGUGGUGGUCCUGUCCUCGGGGACCAAGUGCAUCCGCGGCGAGCACCUCAGUGACCAGGGGCUGGUGGUGAACGACUGCCACGCGGAGGUCGUGGCCCGGCGGGCGUUCCUGCACUUCCUCUACUCGCAGCUGGAGCUGCACCUGAGCACGCGGCGCGAGGACUCGGAGCGAUCAAUCUUUGUGCGGUUAAAAGAAGGUGGCUACCGGCUGCGGGAAAACAUCUUCUUCCACCUCUACGUGAGCACCUCCCCCUGCGGAGACGCGAGGCUCCACUCCCCCUACGAGAUCACCACAGACCGUAAGAGACAACACUUUUACCUCCUGUAGGCCGACAGGCCCCGGGGACUCUCUCCUGGGCUUUCCCAGGCCACUGUGGGGGCACCGUGUGCCCCGGCCCGUCAGUGCUGGAAGGAUUGCGUCUGCAAUUAGUGGGAUAACCAUGCCUUCAAAAUCGUAGUCUGAAAUGCUCAGGUGAUUGGCAGAAAAGUAGUCUGAGGCCUAAAAUUAGCUACCUAGUUGCCGUAGUUCUCUGCUUUGUUUUAAUAACUCAUACAAUCCCUGUGUCCCAGGCUGGGAAAAUGGAAUGAAGAGAAGGCCAGUGAGAGUUAGGCAGACUGGGAGCAAAUUCAGACUGGCUCUGCUUGCCUUUGCUCACAGUGUUGGGGAGAAAAAGCUCAGCUUUUGUAACCAAACCAGGGAUGAGUGAUUCCCUGCAAAGGGGUCUUCGCAGGUGAACUAUGAAGUUCCAUUGCAAACCCACCCUGUGAGUGUUUAUCAGUGGAUGUAGGACAGAAUGCAUCCACACGGCCUCCACCCCUCUGUCCUCUCCAUCAGCAAAGGGCAGUGACACUGUGAAUGCCAGGGUCAGAGAGCAGGGUGCGGCUCUGCCCUGAUGCCACCCUUGACAUCAGCAUUUCCAUCAUGAGAGAAAAGGUGCUGCAGGCAAACUCCUCUUAAUGAUGAAAUCCUAUUGCUUAGUGCUGUCUACAUAUGUCACACAUGCAUAUGUAUAUGCCACAUACACCAGACCCGUGCCA